GCCAGAGUUACAGAAGUUGGACUGUAAACAUUGGCAACUAUUGACAGAAGUCAAGGUCAUGGCAAGACCAUUUGGCCCAUGUUUGUUGGGGAAGGAUAAGCCUGCGGUUCAAAAAGACUGGUCAACUGGAUUUGCAUUCCCAGAAACCAGGAAAUUUCUGAAACUGAGUUUUAAACCUGGCAACUCUUUUACCAUCCCUUUGUAUUUUUGCAGUUCCUCCCUAUACCAGCUUCCUUACAGCUGUUCUGAUUUCCUGUCGUAAGAUUUUUUCUUUUCAUUUUCUCCAGGGAGGGUAAAUCAAUAUAACCUCUUCUCUAGAGAGGAGGUGGUUAGGUUGGUCUUAAGCAGUGUUAGAAGAUCUAUUUUUUUUCAAACCAGGUGUCUGAGCUGGGUAAAUUCCAGCCUGGGGAGAGGACUUUGAUCACCAGAUGUUUUUUUGGUGUGCGUGCUGUCUUAUGGUUGCGUGGCGGGUUUCUGCUUCAGAUGAGCACUGUCCAGAACUUCCUCCAGUGGACAAUAGCAUAUUUGUCGCAAAGGAGGUGGAAGGACAGAUUCUGGGGACUUACGUUUGUAUCAAGGGCUACCACCUGGUAGGAAAGAAGACCCUUUUUUGCAAUGCCUCUAAGGAGUGGGAUAACACCACUACUGAGUGCCGCUUGGGCCACUGUCCUGAUCCUGUGCUGGUGAAUGGAGAGUUCAGUUCUUCAGGGCCUGUGAAUGUAAGUGACAAAAUCACGUUUAUGUGCAAUGACCACUACAUCCUCAAGGGCAGCAAUCGGAGCCAGUGUCUAGAGGACCACACCUGGGCACCUCCCUUUCCCAUCUGCAAAAGUAGGGACUGUGACCCUCCUGGGAAUCCAGUUCAUGGCUAUUUUGAAGGAAAUAAUUUCACCUUAGGAUCCACCAUUAGUUAUUACUGUGAAGACAGGUACUACUUAGUGGGCGUGCAGGAGCAGCAGUGCGUUGAUGGGGAGUGGAGCAGUGCACUUCCAGUCUGCAAGUUGAUCCAGGAAGCUCCCAAACCAGAGUGUGAGAAGGCACUUCUUGCCUUUCAGGAGAGUAAGGACCUCUGCAAAGCCAUGGAGAACUUUAUGCAACAAUUAAAGGAAAGUGGCAUGACAAUGGAGGAGCUAAAAUAUUCUCUGGAGCUGAAGAAAGCUGAGUUGAAGGCAAAAUUGUUGUAACACUGCAGCUGAGCAGAUGUAAUAGAAAUAAACCUAUGAAUAAAUUUUCUUCUUGGUUCUGAAA